AUGGCCAACUUCCAGCUAUUCACGUCCCUUCGAUACGACCCUGGCUUAAUAGGCGUACCCAAACGGCGCCUAGCCAAUGCAGGAUGGAACGCCAAAAUGACCUCACCUUUCUACAUGCUAGACCUGCACCGGGAUCGGAUGCUGCGGGCUGCUACCCAUUGGAAAUGGACCUCUGCCGUCGAGGCCAUCUCGGGAUCGGACGGCCUCCAAAGACUGACUGAGGCGAUUGAGACUUUCUUGACCCAGCAUGGGAGAGAGAAACCGCUGAGAGUCAAGGUCUUGCUGAGCUCGGAAGGACAUCUCAGCUGCGAGGCAUCACAGAUCCCAGCGGUGCCACUUGAAAACCUCUUUCCAGAACGACUCCCCUCACCAGGCAAAUCAAAAGAGGCGGGGUAUCCUUCGGGGGAUAACCCCAUGACAGUAGUGAUUGAUGACGCAAAGACCUCGCAAUCCGAAUAUACGCAUUACAAGACCACGGAGCGAGCUAUGUACGAUAAUGCCCGAAGUCGUGCGAGCAUUAGUCCGGUAGAUCGCAAGGAAACCCUCCUCGUCAACUCGAAAGACGGAUCUGUCAUGGAGGGUAGCCUGACGACCCCAUUCUUUUAUAGAAACGGCAGAUGGGUCACCCCGCCUGUAGCUGCUAAUGGUUUGGCCGUGGAAGAAGAAGUCAAAAGCGACAGCCUCUUCGAUGGGGAGCCAUGCUGGGUCAGCAAUGGUGUACGAGGCUUCACUUUUGGCAUUAUCAAGCUCAAUAACGCCUAA